CCGCGUUCUCUUUUCGGAUCUCUCUACCGCUGGCGUCACCUGUCCCCUCCUCCCCUCUCCUCCUCCACUCGACAAAACGACGGCACAAGUCCAUCCGAUGAACCUCAUCCCCAAGACAAUGACGCAACCCCUUUGCCUUCAUCAUCUUUCAAUAUUGUCGCUGCCGACGCCGCAAGUCACAGACCGACUCGUCGGUUUAACGUCAGCACUGGAGGGACAGGGAAAAAUAGGGAGGAGGGCGGGCAGCCCAAAGUACAAGUGUUUCGCGAUUUGACCCGCAAUCGUGAUCCUUCAUGGGAACGUGUAAUGGAGCACACCACCUUCGUCAGCCAUUUACCGAAACAGCUUCAACAGUACGAGGCGGAACAGGUGAACAAUCCAUUAGUCCGAGACCAGUCUCGUUUGAUCAUCCGUAAGGACGAUCCUGCCAACCGGCAAUGGCUCAGUCUGCCUGAAUUUGAUGGUGGGGACGCGGAUGGCCAUUCUACCGCGAGCUAUUUCGAGAGGGAGGUGGCAGCGCGCAAAGCACGGUUGAUUCGGGCCGAGCGCGCGGUUUUCCGGCGGAGGGUGCGCCGUGAGGAAGUGGCGGAGGGAGGGACGGAGGGUACACCUGAAGAGGGGAUGAGCGUGGAGGAGAAGAUUCAGUUGGCGAUGGCACAGGGGGAUUUCGACGAUUUGAAGGGAAAGGGCAAGCCCCUGGAGCGAUUGGAAGGGUAUCUCUACGCCACAGAUAAGACAUCCGCCACCUACAUGGACGUGUUAUCCAAGUCCGGCGUGAAGCCAGUAGGCGGAAUGGGCCAAGGUGGUGCUUGA